AUGCUGAGGGUUGUUGUGAUAUCGUUGCUGGCGUCGACGACGAGGGCUUUCUUGUUCCCGCCGAUGGGCGGCGGAGGAGGGGGAUGUUGUUGUUGGUAGGUUGUGCUGGUCUUGUUUUUCCAAGCUUAGUAUUCCAAUUGAUGAGUAAUUUUCGUUCCUCUACAAAAAUUUUAAAAACCCCUUUCCACAGACAAUAUUUUUACCAAUUUUUCAGCUCUGCACCAGCGCCUCCUCCAUGUUGUGCUCCACCACCACCGCCUCCACCGCCUCCGCCUCCAUGUUGCGCUCCUCCUCCACCUCCAUGCUGCGCUCCGCCGCCGCCUCCUCCGCCUUGCUGUGCUCCACCUCCGCCACCUCCUCCUCCGCCGCCUCCACCACCUCCAUGUGGUUGCGGAGCGCCAGCGCCUGCUCCAAGCUGUGGUUGUGGUGCGCCCGCCCCGCAACCAGUGGGCUAUGUGGUUGCUCCGUUGCAAAUCGCAGCGGCUCCCGCGCCUGCGCCAGCUCCAUCUUACGCGUUACCGCCGCCACCACCCAGUUAUGCUGCGCCUCCACCGCAAUACGCGCCACCACCGCCGCAGUACGCCCCUCCACCACAAUAUGCUCCCCUGCCACCGCCACCCCCACCUCCACCUCCACCACCGCCACCAUCUUACAAUCCAGGACCAUCAUACGAUGCGCCAAAACUGCCGCCCCUCCUACCUCCUCCAGCUUAUCGUAAGUCGUUUUCUCUCAUACCGUGAAACCAUCUUCCAGCCAAAAUGAACCUGGCCCGCCUGCGACGAGCGCCUCUUCGGAAAGUUCGAGUCGCAAAGGUUGCCUAA